AUGUCUAAACCACGCUUUUUUACUGGUCUACAACCUACCGGAACCCUCACUUUAGGAAAUUAUUGCGGGUUAAUUCAUCACAUUUUAAGAAUUCAAGAAGAUUAUGAAGUAAUUAUUAUGAUUGCUGAUUUACAUGCUUUAACAAUUCCUAAAAAAGGCUUUGAUUAUUUGCAAAAAAGUAGGGAAGUGGUUGCCUUUUUAUAUGCCUGUGGUCUCAACCAAAAUU